UUGAGUGGAUGAAUUGGAUUGGAUCAAGUAGGAACGUGUGAUAAGUAGAGGUCCAAGUGGAGGAGACCACCAUGGCUGGCUCCUCAAAGGAAAACUCCUUUUCCAUUUUAACUUUUAACUUACACUUUGGUGAAAGAUGGAUCCUUUUUUGAUGUAUGCAUAGUGUGUGUUCCUUUCUCCCUGCUGCUGAGCUUUGAGUGGCACAAGUUUGGUAAAGCGGCUGCUGCUACUGACGCCGCCUUUAAAUCGAUUGUUUUGAGAAGAAAGAUUGGAGUUUGAGGGUGGAAAGGAGAUAAAGGAGGGAUUUUUAGGUGGAUGAAAGGGUCUUUGGAUCUUAAUAGUGUUGCCUCGUUGGAGGAGGAUGACGAUGGCGACCUGGUGGAGGCGUCGUCUGCCGGCGGAGAGGAGGAUAAGAGCAAUCCGGCCAGGGAGGUCUACGCCGACGCCGAGAUCAAUGAGUCCAACGCCGGAGGAUCUGUCGGGGACGAGGGCGUGGCGUGUUGCUGCGCCGGUAAGAUCUUCGGGUUUCCCAUCUCCCACUGCGGCGAGGAGAGCGAACCGCCGGCGGUCGUCACUCGGCAGUUCUUUCCUUCGGUCGGCGGCGAUGGGGGCGGCGGCGGCCGUACUCUGCCUACGCCGCCGCCCCCUGGCGCUCAAUGGGCCGGCGCUCUGAGGUUUUGCCACUCGACGGAGCGGGUGGUGGUCGGAAAGCCGACGGAAGUGCCGCAGCCAGUGAAGAAGAGCCGCCGCGGGCCGCGGUCGAGGAGCUCCCAGUACCGCGGCGUCACCUUCUACCGGCGGACCGGCCGGUGGGAAUCCCACAUAUGGGACUGUGGAAAACAAAUCUAUUUGGGCGGUUUCGACACUGCUCAUGCUGCUGCAAGGGCAUACGACCGAGCAGCAAUCAAGUUCCGUGGCGUCGAUGCAGAUAUAAACUUCGACUUGGAGGAUUACGAGGAAGAUCUGAAACAGAUGGGCAAUCUCACCAAGGAGGAGUUUGUUCAUCUUCUUCGACGACAAAGCACGGCUUUCCCGAGAGGCAACUCCAAGUACAUUGGCGUUACCCUGCACAAAUGUGGGAGAUGGGAAGCUCGAAUUGGACAAUACAUGGCGAAGAACAGGUAUGUUUACCUUGGCCUCUUUGACACUGAAAUUGAAGCUGCUAGAGCUUACGACAAGGCCGCGAUCAAGUGCAGUGGCAAGGACGCGGUGACGAACUUCGAUCCAAGCUUCUACUCGAACGAGCUCAAUCCCCAGACUGCUUCUGUUCAGCACAGUCUCAGCUUGAGCUUGGGGAGCUCGAGAUCCAAAAGGGAUGAAGACGCAAACGGGAUGGACCAAGGAGUUUCACUCGGCUUCGAGCCUGAAUGGAGUCGCAACACCAGAUUAAAGUUUCCUGGGAGCGAAAGCAGAAGCCUCCAUUCUCCAAUGCUCAUCGGUGCUGACGAAAUGUGCAAGUACUCGCAGCUUAUGAUCAUUCCUCCGCAAUUCGCUGCCCCUAGAUUUCAUCAGUAUGUGAGCAGCACAAAUGGAGGUGGUGAUCAACGGCGCACGAAUUUCGGUUGGGGGAACGACAGUGGAACUUGGCCGUCAGCGGCUGCACCAUCGACUCACUUGUUCUCGGCCGCCAAUUCAGCAGCAUCAUCAGGAUUCCCACCACAAAUACCAGCAUUGCCUUUCACUUGGCAACAGAAGAACGAGUACCAGUCCAUUAGGCCAAGCUGAAUGAAAGCAUAGUUUGUUGCCUCUGCUGUCAAAGGAGCAAACAAUUAGCAGAAGACAGUCAACAUUGAAUGAGUGAAUGACAUAGUGGCCAUGUAUCUAAUGGAAGAGUGGAGUGAGUUGUUGUAGAGCACAGCAAAGACUAGUGAAGCUGUUCUACCUUGUUAUUUAAGGAAACUAAGCUCCUACUGCAUAGUUCAGCUUGUUUGAUCUA